AUGAUUUUUGAUGUGAGUCCUGCUCGUGGUUCUAAUAAGGACCGAGUUAUCUGUUUUCGCGAGGAGAAGGGUAUCGAAGGACAAGUCGUGAUCGGCGGUGUGGACGAGAGAGAAAUCCAAAUUGGAAUAAAAAUCAAUGAGUUCGUAAUAGAAUAUGGUAUGGAAGUAAAUCGAGCGAUUGUAUCGGUGAAGCUUUUCUGGAGAAGGGGGAGAGGGGGGAAGGUCGAUAUUGUGGUACAACUUGAUGAAGAGGUACUACAGUAG